UCUUCUCCUCUCCUCUCUUCUCCUCUCCUCUCCUCUCCUCUGCUCUCCUCUCCUCUCUUCUCUGCGUGGCCAUGGCCAGACCUCAGCUUCCAUGGACCUUCUUCUUCUUCUUCUGGAAGCCUUUUCACACGCAGGCCCGAGUGUCCUACGUGCACAUGAAGUACCUGUUCUUCUCCUGGCUGGUGGUGUUUGUGGGCAGCUGGGUGGUCUACGUGGAGUACUCGUCCUACACGGAGCUGUGCCGGGGACACCAGUGCACUAAGUCCAUGUGCAGCAAGUACAGGAAAGGUGUGGUGGACGGCUCGGCCUGCAGCAGCCUGUGUGAGAAGGACACCUUGUACCUGGCCAGGUGUCUCUCCACUCAGGCCGACAACCAGGUGUACUCGGGCACCUGGGGAGACUUGGAGGGGCUCAUCAAGUGCCAGAUGGACGAGGCUCCUCGUUACGAUUUGGGAAGCGACACGGAGCCCAGGAAGGAAGCCGCCGCCUUCGACAAGCCCACCAAAGGAACGUCGGUGGAGAGGUUCCGGGAGAUGGUCCUCACCCACCUGAAGGCCAAAGUGGGCGGCGAGCAGGCCAACCUGGGCGAGCUGGUCACGCGGGCCUUGGCGGCGGCCGACGCCAACAGGGACGGCCACAUCUCGCUGGCCGAGGCGCGGUCCUCCUGGGCGUUGCUGCAGCUCAACGAGUUCCUGCUGGCACUGGCCCUGCAGGACCGGGGCCACAUGCCCAAGGUGCUGGGCUUCUGUGGAGACCUGUACAUGAUGGAGAAGGUGCCUUACGCUCCCCUCUACGGCCUGCCCUGGGUCCUGGAGGUGUGGAUGCCGGCGGGUCUGCGGCGCAGUCUGGACCAGUGGUUCACGCCGGCCUGGCCGCACCGGGCCAAGAUCUCCAUGGGGCUGCUGGAGCUGGUGGAAGACCUUUUCCACGGCACUUUCGGCAGCUUCCUCAUGUGCGACCUGAGCGCCGCCGGCUUUGGCUACACCAAGCGCCACGACCUGAAGGUGGUGGACGCGCGGCACGUGGUCCCCGAAGCCGCCUUCCAGGAGGCCAUCAGGCAGAAGCGGUGCGACGCCGACGGCGACUGCCUCUACGGCGUGGACUGCCUGACUUCCUGUGACCUCACGAAGCACCGCUGCACCACUGAGGUCACCAAGCCCAACUUGGCCAAAGCCUGCCACACCCUCAAGGACUACGUCCUGCGGGGGGCGCCGCCCGACAUCCGCCAGGAGCUGGAGAAGCAGCUGUACGCCUGCAUGGUGCUCCGAGGCUCCGCCGAGCACACGGAGAUCGAACACUCGCUGGUCCUCAACAACCUCAAGACGCUACUUUGGAAGAAGAUCUCCCACACCAAAGACUCCUAACCAGAUCACACACUUUCCUGGGUUGGGAUUGUACCUUUCAGACAUGAUAUGGUGAGUAGAAGCAGAACUUACGGAGGAUACCAGCUGCCGCUAAGCCCGUUCACAGGCCAUCACCUGCUUAAAGGAGUGGAUGUCACAAAGCUUCCUGCAGCUCAAUGACACCAAGAGUGAAAUUCUUCUGUUCGGCAACUCCACCUCAGUCAGUCAGAUCAGAAAGAAUUUGGGAAGUUUGGCCACUCUUGAAAAACCCCAUGUCAAAAACCUUGGGGGUCAUAUUCGAGCCAGACCUCAAGUUUGACAAGCAAGUGAAAUCCUGUUUUUUCCAACUACGCACAGUAGCCAAGAUCAAGACUUUCCUCUCCCCCAGUGACCUACGGAGGGUGGUGUUGAUGCUCAUCUGGACUAUUGCAAUGCCCUCUAUGCUGGGGUCAUCGACAAGACCAUCCAUAGCAUGCAGCUAGUACAAAAUGCAGCUGCCAGGCUGGUGACAGGCGCAAAAAUGAGGGAACAUAUUUCUUCACUAAUUUAAGAUCGUCACGUAUGUCUUCAAAGUGCCCAAUGGUCUCGCCCCAGCUUACAUUAAAGAUGUCCUGGACCAACCCAGCAGCUCCAGGCUUGGUCGUUGCCUUAGAUGGGACAAGCAGAUGACCCUGAAGGUCCCACAGUCAAACCUGGUGACCGUGCUCUCAGUGAUGGCACCUAGGUUAUGGAAUAAGCUCCCCCUGAAUAUUAAGUCCGCCACCACUCUGGACUCUUUUAGAGCACAGCUUAAAAAUCACCUUUUUACCGCAGAUGACUUUUGAUUUAUGUGUUCAUUGUGAGUCUUAAAUGUUUAGUUUAGACUCCUUUGUGUGUCUCAGUCUGUUUCUGUUUUUUUGUUUCUCCACUCGGGCUGAUGUAACGGUUGGGGGGCGCAUAAUAAAUGAAAAUAACAUAACAUCAAAGCAGGAGAUGUUUUC